AUGAGUUUCCUCUUCGGAUCUCGGAAGACUGUUGAUGAACAGCUUAGAGCAAACAAGCGCGCCGUCGCUCGUGCCGUCCGUGAGCUUGAUAGUGAAAAGCGAAGGCUCGAACAAGAUAAUACGCGAUUGAAAGGGGAGAUUAAAAAGCUUGCCAAACAAAAUGAAAUGGACCCCGUUCGGAUACUCGCAAAGCAAUUGAUUAGAAAUAAUCAUUACAUUAAACGGUUCACUUUAAUGAGGACAAAUCUGGAGGUACGUUGCAUUUCUGUUUCGCAUCAUCAUACACUAGGCCGUGGGAUUGAAAUUGCAAACUCUCAAAUCCACCAACGCGAUGGCUCAGACUAUGAAACACAUCAUUCAGGUUAUGAAGCGCAUGAAUGCUUCAGUAGGCUCCCGCAACUGCAGCAAAUUAUGAUGAAGUUUGAAAAGGAAUCUGGCAUGCUAGAUGCCAAGGAAGAAAUGAUGUCUGAUGCUAUUGAUGACGCCUUGGGAGAUGAUGACGUCGACGAGUCUGAGAACGUUGUCAAUGCAAUUUUGGCUGAGCUGGGGAUCGAAAUGAACGAACAGUUGGCCGGAUUACCAAAUCCAUCUGGCACUAUAGGCACCGGGGUUGCAUCCGAUUUCGGGCGCACGCCUAUACCAGCAAGCGGUCCAGCAGGUCCAGGAGGUGGCGGCGGCGUCGGUCCUGCUCCCAAUUCAGCCGAUGGCACAAUCGACGAAGACGACUUAGAAGCCCGGCUUGCUCGGUUAAAGCGAAACUAG